AUGAUGGAAGUAUUAAUUACAAAAUGUGAGGAAAAAUUUACAAAUGCUGCCCUAGAGGAAAAUAUCAGACUUUAUGGCAGAAAAUUAAAUGAAGCGAGAAAAUUAAAAUUACACUUCGGAUCUAGCUGGAGAUCAUUUUUGGUAUCGUUAGGACAAAAGAGGGUAAUGGCGAAUGUAUCUUGUGAUAUUCAACAGCCGAAAUUAUCUCGUCUAAAUGAAGGAUUGUCGAAUAUGAAUGUCGAGUUAAAUCUACUGGCAGCAGCGCACUUUGAAGUUGGAAGACAGUCUGAAGUCGGUGUAGCUUUAACAAGGCAACUAGAAAGAUGUUUCAAGGACUCUAGGUGCCUUGAUAUGGAAUUUUUAUGCAUUGUCGUCGAUAAAAAAGUAUGGAAUAUCAGAAUCGACAUGAAUGUAAUCAAUCACGAUGGUAAUUUGGUUGAUUGCUCUCGCAUAGUAUCUUUGUCUGUCUUAUCACAUUUACAUCGUUCUGAUAUUACUUCAAUUCGAGAUGGUGUUAUUAUACACUCAUUUGCUGAGGAUCUAUUGCCUUUGAAAUUGUUUCAUCAACCUGUUGGUGUUUCGUUUUAUAUGUUUGAGAAUGGAAAAACAGUAAUGGACCCAAUAUAA